AUGUUUAGGAAAGCUGCUGUAACCUCUGUCUCUAAUGGGGGCUACUUGCAGGGGCAAGCUAAUGGCAGGUUGCCCUCUAUGGAGAGCGGACAGCCAGCCCAGAAGGGAAAAGUCGUGCUGAAGAAGAAGGUGACACUUUUGAGGGGGAUAUCCAUCAUAAUUGGCACUAUCAUCGGAGCUGGCAUCUUCAUCUCUCCCAAAGGCAUCCUGAAGAACACGGGCAGUGUUGGCAUGUCCUUGACUGUCUGGACAGUGUGCGGUAUCCUCUCACUCUUCGGUGCCCUCUGCUAUGCUGAAUUAGGAACGUGCAUUAAGAAAUCUGGUGGUCACUACACUUAUAUUCUGGAAGCCUUUGGCCCGUUACCUGCUUUUGUGAGAGUCUGGGUUGAAUUACUCAUCAUUCGCCCUGCUGCCACAGCUGUGAUAUCGUUGGCAUUUGGACGCUACAUUUUGGAACCUUUCUUUAUGCAGUGUGAAAUCCCAGAACUUGCGAUUAAACUUAUUACAGCUGUUGGCAUCACGCUGGUGAUGGUCCUGAACAGCACGAGUGUCAGCUGGAGUGCUCGCAUUCAGAUUUUCCUUACCUUUUGCAAGCUUGUAGCAAUUCUGAUAAUUAUAGUCCCUGGAGUUAUCCAGCUAAUUAAAGGAGAAACACAGCACUUUAAAAAUGCCUUUGCGGGGAACGAUGCCAGUGUUAUGGGAUUACCACUUGCUUUCUAUUCAGGAAUGUAUGCCUAUUCAGGCUGGUUUUACCUCAAUUUUGUUACUGAAGAAGUGGAAAACCCUGAAAAAAACAUACCCCUCGCAAUAUGCAUUUCAAUGAUUAUCGUCACAGUUGGCUAUGUGUUAACAAACGUGGCUUAUUUCACUACAAUCAGUGCUGGGGAAUUGCUGCUUUCAAAAGCUGUAGCAGUGACCUUUGCCGAACGACUAAUGGGAGACUUUUCUUUAGCUGUACCAGUAUUUGUUGCUCUCUCCUGCUUUGGAUCUAUGAAUGGCGGUGUUUUUGCAGUAUCCAGGAUGUUCUUCGUUGCAUCCCGCGAGGGUCACCUUCCGGAAAUUCUCUCCAUGAUUCAUGUCCGCAAGCACACUCCUCUGCCAGCUGUCAUUGUUUUGCAUCCUCUCACAAUGAUAAUGUUAUUCAACGGGGAUCUCUACAGCCUCCUGAAUUUCCUCAGUUUUGCCAGGUGGCUUUUUAUUGGACUAGUAGUUGCUGGGUUGAUUUAUCUCAGAUAUAAACGUCCUGAUAUGCCUCGUCCUUUCAAGGUGCCUCUAUUUAUUCCCGCGUUGUUUUCCUUCACCUGCCUCUUCAUGGUUGCACUGUCACUUUACUCUGAUCCAGUGAACACGGGGAUUGGAUUUGCAAUAACCCUGACUGGAGUUCCCGCCUACUACCUCUUUAUUGUAUGGGACAAUAAGCCAAAGUGGUUCAGAAAGCUCCUAGACAGGGUAACCUUAACGUUGCAAAUCCUCUUGGAAGUUGUCCCACCAGAGGAAGACCAGAAAUCAUGA